UAAAAUUUACCAGCUAGAUUCAUGCCAAAAAUGUGCAUUUUCCAGCUAGGAUAAGCUUCCGAGUUUAAACCAGUAAGCAAGCAAUUGUUUUGAAGCGGGCUUCCCAGCAAGUUCCAUGCCAAUGCUUAAGAAUCCCAGCCAGCGCACUAAGCCCUGCGGAGCGGAUGUUUUGUAUAUCGGCUCCGGUGAGCACUCCUGUCGAGAAAGCGGCGGAAAUCGAACCUAGUUUGAUACAGGUCUGUCUUUUGUCACCAGCUCUGGCGUGACGAGCCAUCAUUUUAAAUAAAGCUACAGAUCAAAUUCAUGAUCACUACUGUGACAACAACGAAGCCCGAUCGAGUCGGCAAAUCCCAAGCGAUGAAUCGACGAUUAUUUUACGUUAUUACUGCGAUAUCGGUUGCCGUGACUGUGUAUAUGGUAUCCAGGAAUUUGGAUAAGUUACCAGACGAACGAACUACGGCAUACAGGAAUUAUAUAAAGGAGUUACCAGGCAAGCAAGCAGACGUGAAAGGCUCACAUCGAAGACUAGAUUCUGGAACCGAAGAUCAACAGACAUUAGACCAUGAAGUCUUUGACGGUGUUCAAACAUUUCUGAUGUUCAUUGGAUACCCUCGCAGCGGUCACACCCUUAUCAGUUCCUUGUUAGACGCCCAUCCCAAUGCGAUCGUUGCUAACGAGUUUGAGGUAAUCCGUGAAUGGAAAAACUGGGAGACUACCAACAAGAACAAGUAUUUCCUGUUUGACCAGCUGUACCAGAACUCUAAACAGGAAGCUGAGAUUGGUUACAGGUCGGCUACUGUUCGACAUCGCUACAACUAUGCGGUUCCAGGCCAAUGGCAGGGAAAAUUCAACAGCAAAAUUUUGGUGAUCGGAUCGAAGAAAGGAGGCAUGACAACAAAGCUACUCGUGAAAUCAGAGAACAUGAAAGCAUUGAAACAAUUACAGCAACAUCUCGGUAUUUCAUUUAAAUUUCUUCAUGUGGUUCGCAAUCCUUACGACAAUAUCGCUACCAUGUUGCUCAGAUCCUUGCACAAAAGAGAAGACGCCGAUUUUGGAGAGAAGUUAAAUGAGCCUAAGCAUUUAGAUCAAGAGAUUAGGAAGUAUUUCCGUUUAGCAGAGAUAAAUAGUCGGCUCAAGAGCUACCUUCCUGGCCAAGUGUACGAGAUCCACAGCUCUGAAAUGAUCCAAAACCCUCAAGAGACUCUUCUGGGGAUUUGUCAGUUUUUAGAUCUUACAUGUGAUCAGAAGUAUCUUGAAGAUUGCUCCAAGAUAGUAUACCACAAGGCUACAAAGACACGUUACAAUCUUGUAUGGACAGAAACACAAAAAGACUUAGUUAGACAACAAAUGCAGGAAUUUCCAUUUUUGAAAGACUAUCGUUUUGGGGACUGAACUAUUUUAAGACUCCAACCAGCUGACAUUAGCUGUCGACAUGAUUGCACGAAGCAAUUUUCCAAAAAAGAUGUCUCCAGAGGACAGAAAUUCGCCAUUAAAGCUGUAUUUGAAAAUCAUUUGGGAGACGUUAUUUGAUCCCAGCCUGAAAAUACAAGCGAACACUUCUCUACGCGGGCGUUUACGCCACGAAACGCUGACACUAUAUAUUAUUUGUAAGCUUUGUAGAAACACAGUUCACUCUGCUUAACAUAGCGACGCCACCCAAUAGGCCCACGCCGAAAAUCUCUCUCCACAAACCUCUGAAGCAAAUAUUCUUUUUGAACUCCCACCAGUCCGUUGAGAAACUUUUGGUAUUCUGUAUGUUUAGUGGUAGGUUUUCAAUCCUGUUACUAGGAAGCUGAAUUUUCGUCCGUUCCCUGCCAAGGUGUUGUCGUCGACUAGUCUUUCCACUGCAGUUUACAAGACCUCUUGCAUUGACUUCUCUUAUCUAUUUAUCGCUCGUCGGAGUUAGUUCAGCUAGAAUACCUGGCGUAGCGUCUUGAAGUCGAACUAAAAACUUAAACUUACCCUUGUCUUUAGUGGCGUAAAUGCUAACGCGUAUCAGUGGCUUAAAGCGACUUUGAUCGUGGAGUAAAAAAAGAAAUUGUGCCUGGACUGAAAUCAUCAUCCCCUGAUUUCCCGCCCCCCCAACCUCCCUCACCACAGCCCGGCUUCUCCCCUUCACGGACAGUCUCUUUCUCUUCUCUUAUUUAAUCACUCGUUAAUAACACGUGGUAUGGGGCUUUAUAGCGUGCUACAUUUUACUUGAAGAACACCGCGAAAAACGGAUACCGGUAACUAACCGUUGUCUCAAUUCAACUUGCCCUUCUUUCCGCUAGGGGCCGUUUUUUGAUUCGAUUGAUUUAAUUGAGACUGAUCGUAAUUUAGAACCAGG